CCGCCUCAAAGAAGCUUAAGAAGAUUCGCCUACUUAUAACAUCUCUUGAUGAACAAAAUUCGUCUCGAAAAAAAGACUUAAAUGAUAAACAUUUACCAGUUUUGGAAAAUGUAGAUAUUAACGUAGAUGUCGAUUCAACAAAACAAAAAAAUCCUCAAAAACGAGAUUCUCCCAAGAAUAAAAUAAACCGAAUGGGAAAAAAAAAUAGGCAAAAGGGCAAUCCAGAAGCUUAUCAUCAGGAUGGCAAGACCAAUCCCUUCGAAUGA